UUCACAAUAGAAGAGCUCGAAGUCGUCGCCAACGGAAAAAGUUUUUUUCUUCGAGUGGGAAAGAAGUGAUGUUAUUUUAUAUUUCUUCCGCAAACCAGUUAAAGUGAAAUAAUUAAUUCAAAACUGAGUAACAAAAACGUCUUGCAACGUCGUUUCGAAAUAAGCUCGCUCGCUAGCUUGCAGCUGUUGUUGUUGUGAUAGUUUUUUUUUUUUUGGAACUUGUGCUAACCAACCCACCAACAAAACAAUGGAGCAGCUUGUUGGAACCAAACGCGAAACCCUCUACGAUCGAUGUCUCUAUUGUUUUGUAUCCCAACUCACUUAUAAUUCCCAGACCUUAGAUGCUGUCCAGCAACUCCGCUACUUGCCUCCCGGAGUACUAAUCGAUAUUUAUGUAUUGAUGUCUCAGCGAGAAGACCUCAAAGAAAUGCUUUUUGAACAAAUGGCAGAUCUGGAGAUUUUCGAGCGUUUGCUGCGUUUUGAUCCGGCACGACAGAAAUUGUUUCUUUGUCUAGCAACACUGAUAAGUAGAGGAAAACAAUUGGCUUCGCAAUUGCAGCAAACAUACACCCAACGCUAUGGCGCACAGAGAAAUGAUGGCACCCCACAACACACACCAACAAAGACUGCUUCCAAGCUGGCAAAGUUGGCCAAAGCUAAACUUUUGGCUUCACCAAUUUUCACAUCGUCGUCAUCAACAACAGCAGCAGCAGCAGCAACGCCAGCCCAAAUGCAAACAACGCCAACUUGUGCUAAUGAUUCACUAGAGUCAAUGAUGAAAUCAGCCGAUUCUUUGGCCUUAAAUUCGGAUAAUGUGUCUAAUUUUGGUGUAGAUGCCAUCGAUUUUGGUUUACGUUUGGGAUCAUUUCUUUCGGAAGCCGGUUGGCUUUCGGAGAGCAUAGCAAUUUUAAAAUGCGUUGCAACGCGUCUAAAGUCAAUGGAGCCCAGCAAGAAAAUACGUAUUAUCUACUUAGACUGUUUACAAAGACUUUUACAUUCAGAGGCCUGCUUAAGCAACUUCAAAUCUGCCGAGCGUACUUUUGAUUUACUGAUGGAAUUGCUAAAAGAGCUCGAUGUGAAUGAUAUUCCCAAACCAUUGUUAGCAAACACUCAUACCCAGUUCUCGGAAAUGUAUUUUGCCCGCAACGAAUAUGACGACAGCCACAUGUGGAGUGUUGUUGCCAUGCGUAAUUUGGAGGAAACUACUCCCGAAAGAAUUGCCAUUGAUGUCUUGAGACAGGCGGGGAAAGCCUGUGUGGUGAAACGCGACUUUCAGCGGGCGAAUAUUUUAAUCUGUCAAGCCAAGAGUAGAGCGAAAAGAGCCUUUGGUCCAAAUCAUCAAAAGUAUGCCGACACUCUGCUCGACUAUGGCUUCUUCCUGUUGAACGUGGAUUCGUCCUAUCAAAGUGUUAAUGUGUACAAAGAGGCACUCGAUAUAAAACGCUGUGUGUUUGGAAAUCGCAACUUCCAUGUUGCCAUAGCUCAUGAAGAUUUAUCAUAUGCCUAUUAUGUUCACGAAUACAAUACCGGCAACUUUACAUGUGCUCGCGAUCAUAUCGAGAAGUCGGUAGGUAUUCUGAAACAUUUGGUGCCCCAGGAUCAUUUGAAACUGGCAUCCGCUAAGAGAGUGAAAGCCUUGUUGCUUGAGGAAAUAGCCCUAGACAAAAUGGUCGAGGGUGUCGAUGACGAGGGCUUGUUGAAACAAUCCGAGGAAUUGCACAAAUUCGCCUUACAAUUGUCAUUGGAAGUUUUCGGAGAGGAGAAUGUACAAACAGCUAAGUUGUAUGGAAACCUGGGACGUCUAUAUCAAACGAUGAACAGAUUUGAGGAAGCAGAACGUAUGCAUCAGAAAGCAAUCAAAAUUAAAACUGACCUUUUGGGACCAUACGACUACGAAGUAGGUUUAUCUAUAGGACAUUUGGCUUCCGUCUACAAUUACCAAAUGAAGAAAUACCGCGAAGCAGAACAGCUUUACUUGCGCAGUAUAGAAAUCAGUCUACGUUUAUUUGGUCGCUCUUAUUCUGGCCUACAAUACGACUAUCUGGGCCUGUGUCAUGUUUAUGAAACAUUAAGGGAAUAUGAAAAAUAUUUACAGUAUGCAAAUAUUUUGGAAAAUUGGCGGAUUUUGCGUGGACAAAAUUUGACAAUGGAUAAAAAUAUUUAUCCUGCCAUCAAUGAAGAUUGCUCCCUGGAGGAUAUUAAGCAACAAUUCUUCAAUAUGUGCACCCACAAUAUAACCGCUUGCAAUUGAAAUCAAUAAUUCAAAGUGUGCAACACACAACUAUUGUGUCUAUCUACAUACAUAUGUAUUAGGGAUUUUAUAUAGUGUAUUUUAAAAUGUAAAUUACGCGUAACUCAUGCAAUAUGUGUUUUUGAUUUUGUUUACCACCUUUGUUGUUUACCCUUUUUUUUUUUAAACAAAUAUUUUUGGUUCAUAAUCUUGUGUUCUUCGUUGUAUUAGAAUUAUUCCACAUACGUACAUAGAUAUGCCAACUGAACAAGCAAACAAUGAAUCAUCUAUCUGAAAGCAAUAACCAGUACCCAGAAGAAGGAGGCACACAGACAUUUUGUUCUAUAAAUUUUUUAAUUCAGGCAUAAUUUUAUUUAAUGCACUACUAUGCGAGCUUACCUUUGUAGAGCAAUUCGUAUAAUAAUCACUAUGGAAGAAUUGAACUGUCCAGUUGUUUGUGUUGCCUAUGUAUGGAAAUUCCUUGUUGUCGCAAUGUGCAAAAUGUAAUGUAAAUUUUUAAUUAGUCAGUUGAUAGGCAGAUAGAGAGAUAUUCAUUGGCAAUUGUCAAUUGGCGUGCUAAAUGCUAAUCUUCCACUUAUGUAGAUGUAGUUACAUACUUAUAUUCCACACAUGAGAUUUCCUGGUGUCAUUUCUUCAUUGAGUUCAUGUAGUUAAUGAGCUAUGUAUUGUAUGUAUAUCUAAUAUUUAAUAAUGAUCUUCGAGACUGCUUCAUGAUUUUUUGUUUUUUUUUUUUUUGAUACAUUUUAUUAUGGUAGUUAAUUAGCAACACACCUAGGACAAGGGAGCGAGAUAUGAGUUCAUAGCAACCAUCAGUAUUGAGUUACAGCUUAAAUAAUCCCACUCCCCUUGCCCUGCUUCCCACAAAAUCGAUCCAUUUUGGAAACAAGUUUUCAAUUGGCUCUUGGCAUUAUUCUAAAUAAUUGUGUUUGUUUUUUCAAAUCUCGCUUUUUCUAAAAUAGGCUUUCCUUUUAGACAUACACGAAUAGGGAAAAUUUUGUUUUCUAAAGAAUGCUAAAAAUGUAAAGGUUCUAAAUCAUACAUACACAUCUAUGAAAAAUUCACAUAGAAAUUUCUUACAUAUAUAUAUAUAAAUAUUUGAAGCGAAAGAUGGAAAAAUGAUUCAGAGGUUUUAGUUCUGUUUUAAAUUGUGUAAAUUCAAUGCGAAUAAUGAAACGAGUACUAUAAACCCUUCAUAUACAUAUACCUAUAUAUAUAUAUUUUUAAAACAAUGUGAUGAUUGUACUCAAUUAAUUGAAAUAUUAAAUCUAGAUAUGCACUAUUGCUUAGAUGUUUUUUUUACUUAUAUUCUGUUUUUAAUAAACUGUUUAAAACAA